UUGAAAACAGAUCAGUAGUCCUGAUGAUCGCAGCACGGCUGCGUGUCUGCACAAGAACACAAGAAGUCUUUUUAAAGUAACUUUUCCCUUCAUACUUCUCAUUGAUCUUUCACGAUUGGCGGCAGAAAAACGCGCCAAGCUAGCGAGCAAAGAGCGCGGCGUUUUAGUUUUUGGAGGAGAUGGACGCGAAAGAAGAUCUGGACGCCACAUUUUCUGCUCUGCUUUAAGGAUUGCAGCAAACUUCGUCGUUGAAACUUUCCCUUAACUUCGUACAUGGAGGUAUUGGCGUCCGGCGGCGAGACGCUGGUUUGAUUCCGGUACCGAGCCACUCCUGAAGGAACCGUGCGGACGAAAGUUAAGCGAAAAAAGCGAAGUGGGACAUCUUGAUUGUCGAAAAGGUUGUUGAAGAUACAAUGAGCAGCAUGGAGACUUCGACUGCGACUGCAACUGAGAAGAAGGAGUGCAAGGGUCCUGGUUUGGAUGGAAGCAGCUUCUCUGAACACCCGAAGAAGCCUUCACCCACAUCCAGAGGUGUCCAUCAUAUCUUCCCUACAUUCCACACACCCAUCCCAAUCGACAUGAGGCACCAUGAAGGGCGCUACCAUUACGAGCCUCACCCUCUCCACACCAUGCACGGAGCUGCAGGACUUACAGGAAGUCCAGUGAUCUCAGACAUCUCCUUGAUCCGUCUAUCGCCCCAUGCAACGGCUGGUCCGGGGGAUUCACCGUUCAGCCCUCCGCAUCCCUAUGUCAGUCCCCACAUGGAGCACUACCUGCGCUCUGUGCACAGCAGCCCCACCCUCUCCAUGAUCUCUGCAGCACGAGGACUGAGCCCGGCUGAAGUCACCCAUGAACACUUAAAGGAUCGAUCCCUGUUCAGUCUCCCUCCACCGCCACCAGGGGCUAACCCUACAGAGUACUACCAUUUGAUGGCCACUGCCAGCCAGCGCAGUCCGUAUGGCGACCUCUUGAUGCAGAGCAGUGCGGCGGCGGCAGCGGCGGCGGCGGCAGCUCACCUACCAGAUUACAUCAGUCCUGUGGAUGUUUCACGUUUCUCCAGCCCAAGGCUGACACCCCGACUGAGCAGAAAGAGGGCACUGUCCAUUUCCCCUCUGUCAGACGCCAGCAUUGACCUGCAGACCAUGAUCCGCACCUCGCCCAACUCCCUGGUCGCUUACAUCAACAACUCCCGCUCCAGCUCGGCCGCCAGCAGUUCCUAUGGCCAUUUGUCUGUUGGAGGGAUCAGCCCCUCAUUUAGCUUCCCUCAUCCCAUCAACCCGAUGGCGUAUCAGCAGUUGUUGUCCCAGCAGAGGAGUCUCAACACCUUUGGCCACACUCCUCCUCUCAUUCAGCCGCCACCUUCCUCUUUCUCUGCCCGCCAACAUCCCCUAGCCACGCCCCCUAUGCCCAAUGCCCACAACAGCACCAACACAGAAGCUAACCAGAACGCCAACGGCGACCCGGCAGUGAGCAGCACAGUCAACCAACUCAACUCCAAGAGGACAAAGGUCAAGCUGGAAGUAGAAGGCCCACUGCCUAUCUCACCAACCUCCCAGAACCAGAGUGGAGGGAUGUUGGACUUGAAUGAAGAUCUGGACAAGGACGAGUGCAAACAGGAGCCAGAGGCCGUGUACGAGACCAACUGCCACUGGGAGGGUUGUUCCAAGGAGUUUGACACCCAGGACCAACUUGUCCAUCACAUCAACAACGAUCAUAUCCACGGUGAGAAGAAGGAGUUUGUGUGUCGCUGGGACAAGUGUUCGCGGGAGCAGAAGCCCUUCAAGGCCCAAUACAUGCUGGUGGUCCACAUGAGGAGGCACACGGGCGAGAAACCACAUAAAUGCACAUUUGAGGGCUGUUUAAAAGCGUACUCUCGUCUUGAGAAUCUCAAGACCCACCUCAGGUCCCACACAGGCGAGAAGCCCUAUGUGUGCGAACACGAAGGCUGCAACAAGGCCUUUUCCAACGCUUCAGACCGGGCCAAGCACCAGAACCGCACACAUUCAAAUGAGAAACCAUAUGUAUGUAAAAUCCCGGGUUGCACCAAGCGCUACACAGACCCCAGCUCUCUCAGGAAACAUGUCAAAACUGUUCAUGGACCCGAAGCUCACGUCACCAAGAAGCAACGGAGUGACGUUUCUCCAAGACGUCCGCCGCCCAAAGACGACGCAGAGACUGACUUCCACUCUAAGAAUGGCGCAGGAAGCGUGGACGAGAUGACCGAUGCCAAAGGCACCUCUCGAGGCGUGGAAGACUGCCUAAAAGUCAAAUCAAUCAAGACUGAGAAUUCGAUAAUGUAUCAGUCCAGUCCUGGUGGUCACUCGUCAUGUAGCAGUCAGCCGUCACCUCUCAGCAGCACCAACAACAACGACAGUGGGGUAGAGAUGACCAUGCACAGCGGGGGCAGCUUCGGAGACCUCAGCGUGCAGGACGAGUGCCCCAUGGUCGACUCCACCGUUAAUGGCGGGGGCCAGCAGGCUGGGUUGGGGCUCCAGUUCAGGAAAACAGUGGGUCACAGCGGCGGAGUUAGCAUCAAAAUGGAGACGAUUAAAAAAGAAAGGCUGAAGACAAUGAGAGACCCCUGUCCCUGGGUCAACUCAGCCCCGCAAUUACCACAGGGCCACUACAACAGCACAAAGCUGCCCCCAAUACCUUCAGUUGGUUCUCUGAUGGAGCACUCCAACUUGAGUCAUCUGAGCAAGUCACACCCCAGCCAACGCUUGGGAGAUCUGUCUUUGUGUGAAGUGACUAUGCUAAACCAGCUGAAUGAUCGGCGUAACAGCACAACCAGCACCCUCAGCUCAGCAUACACUAUGAGUCGGCGCUCCUCUGGCAUCUCGCCUUGCUACUCAAGCCGGCGCUCCAGCGAGGCGUCACAGUUUGGGGCUAACCGUCAUAACAAUAUCAGUUCAGCUGACUCCUAUGACCCAAUCUCAACCGAUUUGUCCCGCCGCUCCAGUGAGGCUAGCCAUUGUGGAGGUGGUGGUGCCGGUGGAGCUGGAGGCGAAAAUCUCCCCAGCCUUCUCAGUCUGACCCCAGCUGAGCAUUAUCGGCUCAAGGCAAAAUAUGCGGCUGCCAUUGGUGGAGCUCCACCUACGCCUCUACCUAACAUGGAUAGAAUGAGCCUUAGGACCCGCAUGGCACUCUAUGGUGACUCUCAGGAAUACCCGUUGCACCAGUACCACCAGCCUCCCUCUGGAAGUGUGCCCCGGCGAUGCAGUGAUAUUGGAUAUGGCAACCACAGCAUGAUGCCCCAUGAGGUGCCUGCAAACUUGCCACGCCGAGCCAGUGACCCAGUGUGUCGUUCCACCGUUGACCAUCCGAUCCUUCCGGGAGUCCAACGGUAUAACAGUAUGAACAGCAUGAACAGUCCCUCAGAACGUCACCAAUCAUUGGCUAUGCAGGGUUACACUCGCUCUGACGGCAACCUGCAGCGCUACCCAUUCAUGCCCAGACCCCCAAGCAUUUCAGAAAAUGUAGUUAUGGAAAACAUAACAGUAGACGGGAUGGCAACUGGAGGUGAACAGGGUGUAGAGGAUGAUAUAGUUCUUCCAGAUGACAUGGUGCAAUACCUGAGGUCCCAAAACCCUGCAAGCCAAGGUCACAACUUGGGGCAAGGAAACUACAGAUUCAAUAACCAGCCUCAAGGCUACCAGACAGGAAUUGCACCACCAGCGUCAGCUUUUUCGCAGAAAAGGCUGGCCAUGACUCAGUCUGCUCAGGAUAUGGAUCAUAGUGUCUCCCAACAGCCCUUCUCAGCAUCAUCACACGUGAAUAAGAAUAAUAUGCCAGUGCAGUGGAAUGAAGUGAGUUCAGGGACUGUGGACACGGUAACCAGGCUCGCUAAACAACAGCAACAUCUCAGGGGAAACCUAGCCCUUGUUCCACAGAGACACAAUUUUAGUUCCUUCCAGGCACAGGGUCAGAACAUCAGCAGCAACCAGCAGGUUGUGCCUAUGAGCCAGAACAUGUAUAUGCAGGGCUAUGCAAACCACAACAGCAAGAGGUUAAGUAAUCCUCACCAGUGCAAUAAUUCGAGUUUAGGUGAUGAAAGUUCCCUGCAAGGUUUCUGCCAAGAUUCACUUUCUGUGAGCAAUAAUGUGAGAGCCACUCGAAAUACUGUAGUGUCUCAAGAACUGCAAAGUUACAGAGGAAGAACCCAACCUGUUGCCUAUUCUAAUGUGAACCAUGUGGCUCAGCAGCACAGCAUUGUGUCCCAACAGAACAAUAGAGGAAUGUUACAACCAAGACCUCCAGUGGACCCCAAACAUAGUGGAAGACAGCACAGUGGGUCUGGCGUGAAUCACUUGAACCGAAUACCCAAGUUCGUUGAUGUGAGCCCCAACCUGCAUAAUAACACCUCAGAGGCGAGUCCAAAGAGGUGCAGUGGCCCAGGAACCCAACAAAACUCCAACUCUGCCAUGUUUCACGCAAGACAGAUUCAUAUGUUUGAGCAACCUCCUGCCAGCUUGGACGCUCCACUGUGCCCCAGUGUCAACCAGGCUCCUGCCAAUAACAAUACAGCAGCGAGCAACAUGGCCUCGCCAGGCGUCAAUCAGGUCUCCAGUAGUACAGCAGAUUCUUCCACAGGUGGAGUUGGCGGUGCGGAACACACCCAAAUAGAUUUCGACUCCAUGUUAGAUGACGGAGAUCACUCCAGCCUGAUGUCGGGCACUUUGAGUCCCGGCCUUCUGCAGAGCCUCUCCCAGAAUUCCUCUCGUCUCACCACCCCACGCAACUCUGUUACCCUCGCAUCGGUACCAGCAGGGAUUGGCAACAUGGCCAUCGGUGAUAUGAGCUCUAUGCUCACAGCGCUGGCUGAAGAGAGUAAGUUCCUCAACAUGAUGAGUUAGAAACAUCAACAAUGUAUACGUCAGAAACAUGUGGACAAAAAAGCACUGAUUAGACAACAACAAAGUGGCCAUUUUGUUUUGUUACGUUAUCAUGGUCCAUAUCAACACGAUUCUGAUUUAUCUUGUGAUAUUUGUACAUCCAAUCUUUGUAUAGGAUACAUUAAGAGUAGAUAGCAGUAAGGACUGUUGCCCUGCAGAUUUAAAGUUCACCUUCUUACAAUUACAGUAGCACCUCAAGUUUUGUUUCGAACACAUUUUUUUUUCGAUUCAGAAAAUUAACCUGUCCCAGAUAUUCAAAGAAUGUAAACACAUCACAGUUUUACAAACAAAGUUUAAUUGAGUGUUUCCUCUCUCGCGAUUCAAUUAGUACAGUCUUUUUAUAAAUAAUAAAUGAUAAAUGGGUUAUACUUGUAUAGCGCUUUUCUACCUUCAAGGUACUCAAAGCGCUUUGACAGUAUUUCCACAUUCACCCAUUCACACACACAUUCACACACUGAUGGCGGGAGCUGCCAUGCAAGGCGCUAACCAGCAGCCAUCAGGAGCAAGGGUGAAGUGUCUUGCCCAAGGACACAGCGGACGUGACUAGGAUGGUAGAAGGUGGGGAUUGAACCCCAGUAACCAGCAACCCUCCGAUUGCUGGCAUGGCCACUCUACCAACUUCGCCGCGCCGCCCCCCUUUUUAAAGUACCAUUGAGUACUGUUACGCCCCUGUGUUAGUUUGAGUCAUUGUUUGUAAGAACAGCGCCAUCGUAUGGUCAGAUUCACUCAUUGCAGGUAUCCUGUUUAAAAAAAAGUGACUUUACUCUGAUACUUUAUUUGAACCGGAAUUAGAAGAAGUCUAGUCGUUUGUUUCUUCAUGUAGUUUGCAAUUCAUCUCUUCCUCAAGCAACAUCUGUAAAUGUUAAGUACACAAAAUAAUGUAGGUUUACUUUAUCUGUUGCAUAUUUGUUGUCUCCAGUAAUGUUCUAUGCAUAUUGUGUCCAUGCUAUUUGCUACAUAGCUAAGCUAAUGUCGUUAUCAUUAUGCUAUUAGCAUGCAAUUGCAUUUGUUCUGUCUCUUUGUAGUUUCACAAAAUCCUCAGUAAACUUUUAAAUAUUUAUUAUCACACGAACAUACACAGAAGUACUGAAAAUUGGUUCAAUUGAGAACCGGUAUCCAUUUCCAGGUACCGGGAAUUAGUACCGUAUCGGUUCAAAGGAGAAAAGCAAUAAACAGUAUUAUUGAGAUCAUGGUACAAAGGUGAACUUACAAAAUCAGCAGGGCAUCAAAUGCUUAUUUUCCUCCUUGUAUAUACAGUAUAUAUAUGUAUAUAGUGUACACUGUAGAUGGCGGUGCACUGAAUUCAUUUCCCACAGUGCCUUGCAGAGAACACGGAGGUAAAGCAUCUAAUCACCGCUACAGCAGCAGGAAAAAUAUACUGUAUGGUACUUGCUUUAAGUUAUGCUGCCAGCUUUUUAUCUAUAAACUAGGGCUGCCAAAUGUGAUGUGUUUUAAUGACCUAUGCCUACGUUAGUUGUGUCAUAAAGGUCAAUGCUAACCAAUUAGCGUACAGGACGUGGGGUGCAGAAUGUUGUACAGUAUUAUGUUCUACAGACUUUUUGAUCAUGCUCUGACCUCUUGAGGCCUCCGGAUCAGAGGCAUGAACUUUCCUCGGUUCAAACCUUAAGGGUGAUGGAUUAAAAAGGACAAGUAAACGUCUUGGUCUAUCAAGGCGCAUGGACCACAGUUUGGGAUGGGGAACAUCCUCUUAAAGAAUAUACAAGUACCUCUGUGUGUACUUAAUGGGAUCCAACGCUAAUUAACACAUUCAUAACAUCACCCCCACCACCUUUUUGCCUCUCUUGGGCUUUGGUUGGACUGACGAAUCCCGGAAGUGACAGACUUUGAUAUUCAAAAUCCGCUUUUGGCAAACUAGCUGAGUAAAUCCCUCAGUUUAAUCUGUAGUAUUUUAAAGUAGUUCUUGGAUAGGGGUGCAGCGGUACGCUAGAGUCACGGUUCGGUACGUACCUCAGUUCGAAGGUCACACUUUGGUACGGUAAGGGAACAAAAUACAAAAAUGGCUUAGCUUUUGCGUUAACAACUUUAAUGAUCAUUUAAAUUAAAUAUGAAAAACUAUUGGAUUCCCAAAAGACGUUACACCUCUUAUCCAAGUAGGCUUCAUCAGAGUGUCCGCCCUGAGAUCGGUAGGUUGGAGUUCAAAUCCCAGCCGAGUCAUACCAAAGACUAUAAAAAUGGGACCCAUAACCUCCCUGCUUGGCACUCAGCAACAAAGGGUUGGAGUUGGGGGUUAAAUCACCAAAAUGAUUCCCGGGCGCGGCGCCGCUGCUGCCCACUGCUCCCCAAGGGGAUGGGACAAAUGCAGAGGACAAAUUUCGCCACAUCUAGUGUGUGUGUGACAAUCAUUGGUACUUUAAUCUUAAACUUUAAUCUUUAUGCUCAUAGACUUAGAUCAGUCAGAUCUAGUCUUGCAGCUGGUGCCAAAACCCUAAUUAGGAGGGUGUGGUAGUGGUCGUUCCGCAGCAAUCGUUUUGCCACACAAUAGUAUAAAUAGUUGGCACCAGCUGCUAAACUAGAUCUGACCAAUCGAAGUCUGUGAGCAUGAACUGAUGAAGCCUACUUGGAUGAGAGGCGAAACGUCUUCAAAGACAAACCAAGCAGCUCAGUUAAGAUUGAAUAAAUGCUCUGAGGGUACAAUGACCUGGAUGAAGGAGAACAUCCAUAGACACAUUGGAUUCUCCUUAGCACUGUCACUUGCCAAGACUCCUGCUUGCUAAAGACUAGACAUAUUUGUUUACAGAGUAGACGUAUGACGCCUUAAACCAGGGGUAGGCAAUCCGUCGAUCACGAUAGAUCAGUCAAUCUUUGGGAUUGGUAGCUCCUGAAAAUGUUUAGGGGUAAAUCACAACAGUGUCCUCCCCUCCCUGAGAGUAUCACUGCUAUUUAAAUAUGGAAAGCGCCACUCUACAUAGCAACUGAUACUGUGGUCAAAGUUGGAAUUGCCACAAAACACAUUUGAAGAUAUUUAACACUCUACUGCCAUCUGGCAACUAAAGUGGAUAGUGCACCACCCAAUUUGUCUCAUUUCAUGUGUCAGUUAAACCGCAACAAAUUGGGCCAUAUGAAUCCCCUUCCUACUGUAACAAGGUAAGGUGUGUACACCCAUUUGUCUUUGGCACACUGCAUAAAUACAAUUUAAAAAAAAAAAAAUUGUAAAAGACAUCAAAACGCACAAUGAGAAAAAAACAAGAUGUUUAAAUAUUUCACAGGUGGUUAUAAGGGAGAUUUCUCCUUGGUUCUAGGCUGGGACUAGGUUUCUUGGGCUUAAUGACCACUGCCUUAAACACUUCCUGUCCCUCACUAAAUGUGUGGGAAAUGGGUUCCCUUCUGUACCAGACCGAAUAUUCUGUACGAAAAUAUCAAGAUUCCCAAUACAUGUACCGUUACACCCCUACUGUUAAAAGUGUUUUGUUUGUGUAUACUCCUAUAUACUUUCACAAAGUGUGUCUGGGUUUGUGUGACAGUGUAUAUAAUUUUUGUACAUUUCAAAUAA